AUGCCUCUCCAUCCUGCUGCGAACUGGAUGGAGAUCCCAGGUCUCGCCGGAGCUCAGACGUCCGAAGAGCUUCAAGCUGCCGCUUUCAUCUGCUUGUCAGAUCUGUUCGAAUCUCUUUCUCAAAGUCUAGUUGGAAGAGCAUCGUUAAUUGUGACUGCUAACAUCCCUCCACUGGGACACGCAGUCACAACGAUCCUGAAUGGCAUCACGCCCGGAGGGCCGAAAGAGAUUCAACUCACCGCAACGACAGCUCUGCAGGCUUUCUGCUUGGCUGUGACCGACCAGGAGGCCUUGGCGAGCUUUCUGCCCGGUAUCGUCUCUUCGCUCACGAAGGUUCUUACAUACAGUACAACGUCCAGGAAACCUUACAAGGUCCUAGUCCGCGGUCUGGAUGUUCUGUCACGCGUAUUGCGGUCGGUUGUAAGCGACGACAAGACGAAAGACCUACCGGAAAGCCAGGAGACCGACAAAGUAUCAGAUGCAGCAUCCCCCAUGCGCCUCACAACUUCUUGGCUGAAAGCCACUGCAGCCCAGCUGAGGAUGGCCCUUGCCAAUGUCAUGAAAUUGCGGCAACAUCCUCGUGCUGAAGUUCGUCAGGCAUUGUCGGAAGUCUGUGUAACUGUCCUCGAGGCUUGUCGGAAUUCGUUGUCCGAGUGUGGACCGAUGAUGAUCGAAACCCUUGUAGUUCUGUCAGCUUCUAAUGAUGACGAGAUUGAGCAUUCUUUGAAGCGUCUCCUCGCGACCAACGCAAAGACUGGGGAGCUCCUCACAGCCAGCCUCUUUAGCUGGGUAGUAUCUUUGCCGCGCGUCAUGCAGUCUGCAGAUGACAGCGCGAAGCGCAACACUAUUAAGCAGGUCUCCCGAGCUUUCACGGUACUCUCCGAAAAGGGAAUGGGUCUUACCAUCGUCAACCGCGCCAUGGCAACGAGCCUGCGUGACAGUCUCUUCGCUACAAUCCACACCGCAAGUGAGAACAGGAGUUUCAUUCAAGGCGGGAGAGGCGAUUCCGCCCUAGACCUGAUUCUUCCAGGCCAAAAGGGCUCCACCGCUUUUGAACCCAUAGUAAUGACACUCAGGAGCCAAGCGGAAACAGCUGAUGAGUUGGGCUCGCUACUCAAGAGCCUAAGUACAGCAAACGCCUCCAUGCAGAUCACAAAGGAGCUGAUGCUUGCAAUCCCAAGAAGUCAAGGUGAGAUGCAACUAGCGAGUUUCUGGCUUGCGCUCAAUUUACUCAAAUCUACUACAAACACGAACGUCGCGCUCGACGACUUUACGGAUCUCGGACCGUCUUCUCCAGAUUUGCAAAGCGAGCUGCUAGACGACAUUUUUGCCUAUUCCAUAUCCAUUCUCUCUGAGUCAACGCUCGAUUUGGCAACGGAUUGGCGCAUGCAAGCUGUUGCAGUCGAAGCGGUCGCCCAUCGAGCCACUCAAAUGGACGAAGACUUUAGAAUCGAGCUAGUAGAUGCUCUUUACCCGGUCGUCCAACUUCUGGCAUCGCCUGUCGCUCAAUUGCGAAGCCAUGCAAUAACAUGUCUCAACAUCAUGUCAGACGCCUGCGGGUAUCCUAACACAAGCGAAAUGAUUGUUGCAAACGUUGACUACUUGGUGAAUGCGGUCGCACUCCAACUCAAUGAUCUCAAUCUUUCUCCACAGGCUCCUCAGGUCCUCCUGAUGAUGGUCAAACUUUCCGGUCCUUCGUUAUUACCCUACCUCGAUGACCUGGUUGAUAGUGUGUUUGCAGCUUUAGAGAAAUAUCACGGCUAUUCGAAGCUUGUGGAGCUACUGUUCAGCGUCUUGAAGGGUAUCGCAGAGGAAGGUGCGAAAAUGCCGCAGCUUGCAAUCAUCAACAGCAAAGAAGGCAUCAAACGAAAGGAAGCGUUUCAGUAUAUUACCAUAGCAGAUGUCACCAAAAGUAUCAAGAAACUACGACGUGGCACCUGUCGGAUGGAAGAAAAUCUUCGCUCCCAGCAGUUGGAGGAUGACGACGAAGUCUUUCCUAAUCGGCCUUGGAAAGACGACCUCGAAGAGCCAUCCGCAUCCGCGCGCGAUAGCGCUGGGGAUGUUGCGCGAGACGGAAACGGGAAUGAAGCGUCCGAUGUCGCUGGACAGACCCCUCCAGUGCCGAAAACCUACGACUUGUUACUCAAGGUCUCUCAACUGACGCAGCACUACCUCACGUCUUCCACGCCUGAACUUCGCACAUCGCUCCUCUCACUCUUAGAUAUCACUAUCCCCGCCCUUGCAGUUCACGAAGACUUGUUUCUCCCCUUGAUCAACACUCUCUGGCCGGUGCUUGUUCCUAGACUGGAGGAUCCGGAGGCGUACGUUGUAGCCAACGCUCUGGACGUCAUCGGCUCGAUGUGCAUGCACGCCGGUGACUUUAUGCGAGGCCGCAUCGACGAUCUUUGGGAAGGGAUCAAGAAGGUCCACCGCCGCAACACCCCCGACCAGGCCGGCAAAGCGCGUGCAAGACCAUUGCAAUCAAAGUCUUCGCUUGAGCACGCAGGAGUGACUGAAACGAACAGUCAGUUAACAUCCUUCCAACCGAGUCACUACAUCAAGACACCUACGCGCCUGGUUUGGGACGCCUUGGUUCGGUUGCUCACCACGAUUGUCGAUUACGUGGUCAUCAACGAGGAAGUGUUUGACGAGAUUUUGGAGAUGCUCAGCCCGCUUCUGGAGAAAGAUGUGGAGGUGAAAACCGCUUUGAGUUCGCGCAAUCCGGACGCCGUGUGGCUUGCCAUGCUGAAACGUAGCUUAAUAACUGGACACGCGAUCGAUGGCCUGCCUCCUCCAAGUGUUGCAGCGGACAUGCGACCAGCUAGUGGCCAGGAUUGGGAGUUUGCAGCAAUCAAUGUAUGA